AGGCUGCUGGAGGCCGACUCCAAGUCGCUGCGCUCGGUGAACGGCUCGCGGCGCGGCAGCGGCUCCUCGCUGGUCUCCAGCUCGUCGGCCUCGUCCAACCUGAGCCACCUGGAGGAGGACACCUGGAUCCUCUGGGGCCGCAUCGUCAACGAGUGGGACGAGUGGAGGAAGAAGAAGGAGAAGCUGCUCAAGGAGCUGAUCCGGAAGGGGAUCCCGCACCACUUCCGCGCCAUCGUGUGGCAGCUGCUGUGCAGCGCGGCCUCGCUGCCGCUCAAGGCUCAGUACUCGGAGCUGCUGCGCAUGAGCUCCCCCUGCGAGCGCCUGAUCCGCCGCGACAUCGCCCGCACCUACCCCGAGCACGAGUUCUUCAGGGGCCAGGACAGCCUGGGCCAGGAGGUGCUCUUCAACGUCAUGAAGGCCUACUCCCUGGUGGAUCGGGAGGUCGGCUACUGCCAGGGCAGCGCCUUCAUCGUGGGCCUGCUGCUCAUGCAGAUGCCGGAGGAGGAGGCGUUCAGCGUGUUCGUGCGCCUGAUGCAGGAGUACCGGCUGCGAGAGCUCUUCAAGCCCAGCAUGGCCGAGCUGGGGCUCUGCAUCUACCAGUUCGAGUUCCUGCUGCAGGAGCAGCUGCCGGAGCUGAACGUGCAUUUCCGCUCGCAGAGCUUCCUCACCUCCAUGUACGCCUCGUCCUGGUUCCUCACGCUCUUCCUCACCACCUUCCCCCUGCCCGUGGCCACGCGCGUCUGCGACAUCUUCAUGUACGAGGGUCUGGAGAUCGUGUUCCGCGUGGGGAUGGCGCUGCUGCAGUUCAACCAGGCCGAGCUGGUGCAGCUGGACAUGGAGGGCAUGUCCCAGUACUUCCAGAAGGUGAUCCCUCACCAGUUCGACUCGUGCCCCGACAAGCUGAUCCUGCGCGCCUGCCAGGUCAAGUACAACCCCCGCAAGAUGAAGAGGCUGGAGAAGGAAUACGCCGCCCUCAAGAGCAAAGAGAUGGAGGAGCAGAUCGAGAUCAAGCGGCUCCGCUCGGAGAAUCGCCUGCUCAAGCAGCGCAUCGAGACCCUGGAGAAGGAGAGCGCAGCCCUGGCCGAUCGCCUGAUCCAGGGCCAGGUGACGCGGGCGCAGGAGGCCGAGGAGAACGACGUCAUCCGGCGGGAGCUGGCGCUGGUGAGGCAGCGCUGCAGCUCGGCCACCGAGAGCCUCAGGAGAGCACAGAGCACGAUACGGGAGCUACAGGUGUGUCAGGGUAACCCGCGGCUGAGCGAGGAGUUCGUGGCACACCUGGAGACGGAGCUGGAGCGGUCGCGGCUGCGCGAGAGCGAAACCCUGGGAGCCCUCAAGGAGAUGCAGGACAAGGUCCUGGACAUGGAGAAGCGGCAGCCGCUGCUCCCGGACGACUCCAGCGUGGUUCGGCUGCAGGAGGAGCUGCAGGAGCUGGCGCUGAGGGACAUCGGGGACAUCGGGGACAUCGGGGACACCUGGCAGGGACACCUGGUGUGCGGGGGCCGCUGGCAGGAGCCGCGGGCGCUGCACGAGGCCGUGCUGGGGGUGCAGCUCCGCGAGAGCCAGGCCCAGGCGGAGCUGAGGGCGCUGAGGCAGCGCGUGCUGCACCUGGAGACACAGGGCCGUAUCCAGCGGUCGGUGCUGGGCCGUGCCGAGCAGGCCUGUGCCGGGCUGCGGGAGCAGCUCCGCGCUGCGGCCGCCCAGAGCCAGGGGCUGCAGGCGCAGCUGAGCGAGAGCCACCGGAAACACGCGGAGGCGCAGUGCAAGAGCAAGGAGGAGGUGAUGGCCGUGCGGCUGCGCGAGGCCGACAGCAUGGCCGCCCUGGCCGAGAUGAGGCAGCGCGUGGCCGAGCUGGAGAUCCAGCGUGAGGAGGGGCGGCUGCAGGGGCAGCUGGAGCACACGGACACGGCGCAGUACAUCCGGCACCUGCAGGGCCACAUCCGGCAGCUCAAGGCCGAGAUCCGGCUGCUGCGGGGGCCGCUGUCCUUCGGCGCGGUGGCCCUGGGGACGCCCCUGGGGGACGAGGACUCGCUGGGCUCCUCGGACGAGGAGCUGCCACCGCCGCCCUUCGCCCUGACCCCGGGGGACACCGGCGACACCGGGGACACCGGGGACAGCAGCGACAGCGAGAGUGAGGUGGCACCGACGGCACCGUGACACCCAGGGGACACCGGGGACACCGGGGACAGCAGCGACAGCGAGAGUGAGGUGGCACCGACGGCACCGUGACACACAGGGGACAUUGGGGACACCAGGGACACUGGGGACAGCAGCGACAGCGAGCCCGAGGUGGCACCGACGGCACCGUGACACCCAGGGGACAGCCUAAGGUGACACCCAGGGACCCACAGGGACACUGGGGACAGGCCAGGGGACAAUGGGACACCUGCAGGUCCUGUGGCACCUGGGGGACAUCUCGGGUCCCUGUGGCACUUUGGGGACACCAGGGGACACUGAGGGACACCAAGGACACUGAGGGGACACCUGUGACAAGGAGGGGACACUGAGGGACAAGUGUGACACCUAAGGGACAGCCAGGGGACACUGAGGGACACGAAGGACACUGAGGGGACACUGAGGGACAAGUGUGACACCUAAGGGACAGCCAGGGGACACCCGAGGGACAUUCAGGGGACACCGAGGGACAUCCAGGGAACACUGAGGGACAUCCAGGGAACACCGAGGGACACUGAGAGACACCCAAAAGGCUCCAAGAGACACCCAGGGGACACUGGGGGACACCUGUGACACCCAGGGGACACCAAGGGACAGCCCUGGCCAGGCUGAUCCCACACAUGGAGAGAUCCCAGGACAGAGGGGACAGGGACAGGGACAGGGACAGGGACAGGGACAGAUCCCAGGAUGGGGACAGGGACAAGGGACAGGGUCAGGGAUGGAUCCCAGGAUGGGGACAGGGACAAGGAUGGGGACACACCUGGGACAGGGACAGGGACAGGGACAAGGGACAGGGACAGGGACAGGGAUGGAUCCCAGGAUGGGGACAGGGACCAGGGAUGGGGACACACCUGGGAUGGGGACAGGGACAGGGACAGGGACACACCUGGGACAGGGACAGGGAUGGAUCCCAGGAUGGGGACAGGGACAAGGAUGGGGACACACCUGGGACAGGGAUGGGGACACUCCUGGGAUG